AUGAUCUGUGCAUGCAAGAGCCAUACUUUGGCGAGUUCUUGUGACAAAAUUUGCGAUCAGGGCCAAAUUCUGAAAGGAGUCGACGGUCGAACAUACUGUAGUUGUUUGCCAUUCUAUCAAGGUGAACAAUGCACAGACAUGGUGUGCCUCAAUGGCGGGGUGGAGAUGCAUGGACGAUGCACCUGCCCGCCUACAUUUGUCGGUUAUCAUUGUGAGAUCGACGCCAAUCGCACCAACAAACAAGGGACACGAUUCCAAAGAUUCGGAGAGGUCAGUUCUACUGCUAUCAGUAGCUUGAAUUCUUCGUCUAAUUAA